AUUGGUCUAACAUCUCAAGCAGACCAAGUUUAGACAGCGCGGGCAUGCUCGGGUUACCUUUCCCCUGGAAAGCCUGGUGCAGCAUGUGAUUGUGUGCAUGUGCAGAACCUCUUCAGCUUCUGCCUCUGAGAUUGCAAGAGGAAGUCGACCAGGUGACCAUGGAGUCACAGCUUCUGUAGCUCAGUCACAGGGAGCCUGUUCAGGACUCUGCAACCUCAACUCGCUCGAGACUCAGAUCCAUUAACAGAGAGACAUGCAGGCCCAUGAGCUGUUGAAGCAGUUGCGUGUGCCUGAGCUGGCCGAGGUGAGGGAUUACCUCCGCAGCCUGUCCACCGGCACGCUGGUGGGCAUGGGGGCCUUCGCCGCACUCACCACCUUCUGGUACACAACUCGACCAAAAGCCCUCAAACCCCCCUGUGACCUGCGCAUGCAGUCUGUCGAGGUUCCGGGAGGAGAGUUUGCACGCAGGUCAGUGCUAGUGGACGCUGACAAGCUUAUGUCUUUUUACUAUGACGACGCUACGACCAUGUACGAGGUCUUUACCCGGGGCUUACGGGUAUCAAAUAACGGACCUUGCCUAGGCUACAGGAAACCAAAGCAGCCGUACGAGUGGCUGUCCUAUUCAGAGGUUGCAGAGAGAGCAGAGAGUCUGGGCUCAGCGCUGCUGCACAAAGGUCACUCCAAAACCAAAGACCAGUUCAUCGGCAUUUUCGCUCAGAGCAGACCCGAGUGGACCAUCUCAGAGCUGGCUUGCUACACCUACUCUCUGGUCUCAGUGCCUCUGUAUGACACACUGGGGACUGAGGCCAUCGAUUACAUCAUCUGCAAGACCGGCAUCUCCACAGUGGUGUGUGACGUACCGGCCAAGGCUCGUCUGCUGCUGGACUGCGUCUCGGGAAGACAGCACACCCUGAAAACCCUGAUCCUGAUGGACGAGUUUGACUCGGAGCUGAUGGCUCAAGCGCAGCAAUGCGGCGUGGACGUAAUUAGCCUGAAAGACGCAGAGGCUCUUGGAAAAGCCCAUCGGCAGAAGCCCAUACCUCCUAAGCCUGAUGACAUGGCUAUUAUUUGCUUUACUAGUGGAACCACAGGAAACCCGAAAGGAGCGAUGCUCACCCACAGAAACAUCGUGUCCAACAUUUCUGGCUUUACCAAGAUAACAGAGACCAGCUGUCCUUUGAGUCCCAGCGACUCGCACAUCUCUUACCUUCCUCUUGCACACAUGUUCGAGCGAGUAGUGCAGGGCGUGAUGCUGCUUCACGGGGGUCGCAUCGGCUAUUUCAAGGGAGAUAUCCGCUGCCUCAUGGAUGACCUUAUGACCCUGCAGCCCACCGUCUUCCCGGUGGUGCCUCGUCUGCUCAACCGAAUGUUUGAUAAGAUCUUUGGGCAAGCCAACACUCCUCUAAAGAAGUGGAUCUUAGAUUUUGCCUUCCGGAGGAAAGAAGCUGAGAUGAUGAGCGGCAUCAUGAGGCGAAACAGUCUGUGGGACAAAAUCAUCUUCAAGAAAGUCCAGGACAGCGUCGGAGGAAAAGUGCGCUUGAUGCUGACCGGUGCUGCUCCAGUCUCUUCUCAUGUGCUGACUUUCCUGCGUGCAGCUCUGGGAUGCCAGUUUUAUGAAGGCUAUGGUCAGACCGAGUGUACAGCCGGCUGCACGGUCACGUUAUCAGGAGACUGGUCAGCAGGUCACGUCGGACCUCCUCUCCCGUGUAACAUUGUGAAGCUGGUGGAUGUUGCUGAGAUGAAUUAUCUGGCUGUGAAUGGAGAAGGAGAGGUGUGUGUGAAGGGGCCCAAUGUGUUUAAAGGAUAUCUGAAAGACCCAGAGAAGACCGAGGAGGCCAUGGACCAGGACGGCUGGCUCCACACAGGAGACAUCGGCAGGUGGCUACCGAAUGGCACGCUGAAGAUCGUGGACCGUAAGAAGCACAUCUUUAAGCUGGCACAAGGAGAGUACAUUGCUCCGGAGAAGAUCGAGAACAUUUACAUCCAGAGUGAAGCCGUGGCUCAGGCUUUUGUGCAUGGCGACAGCCUACAGGCCUGCCUAGUGGCCAUCAUUGUGCCGGACCCGGACUUUCUGCGUGGCUGGGCCAAUAAAAGAGGAUUUCACGGCUCAUACGAGGAGCUUUGUAGCAGCAAGGACGUGAAAAACGCCAUAUUGGAGGAAAUAGUUAAACUGGGCAAAGAAGGUGGACUGAAGUCUUUCGAACAGGUGAAGGAUAUCGCUCUGCACACGGAGAUGUUCUCCAUCCAGAACGGCCUCCUGACUCCAACACUUAAAGCGAAGCGCGCUGAGCUCAGGAACCAUUUCAGACAGCAGAUCGAUCAGCUCUACUCCAAGAUCCACAUGUGAAAAAAAUAAAAAAUAAAUAAAAAUAUUCCAGGACGGAUUUGAAGGAAUACCGACAUACAGCGCUAUCUGCCCCCUCUCAGUCUCCAAUAGUUUUACUUAUAGUUAUCUCCAUAGUGACGUUUGGGUGAAGUGUUCCUUUAAAAACAGAACUGUGCCUUAUCCACAAUAUUUACUGCCUUUCAUAUAUGCAUCGGAAUGAAGAGAACACUGCAUUACACUUUUUACCUUUCAGGACUUUAAACCUCGGGGCCGAAUUCUCACACGCCCUCUGUAUGCUGCAGUAGAUCCAGAUUUCAAGACUUGCUAAAGCCAGUUUACCCAAGAGACCUGGCAUGAGCUUUUUUGGGAAAAAUAAAAAGCUUUACUUUCUUCAAAAAUAGUUGCCAAAGAUGCUUCUCGAGUGCUAGACACAGAUGUGCCAAUACAAAGGCUUACCUCGUACCCUGUAGAGCUUCAGAGACGGACGUCUGCUUAGCUGAAACAGAUGACUGAACUGAAACAUUACAGGAUAAAUAACAAGCUUCUGGGCUCUGAUACAGAUGCGUAUAGAUCAGAACUACCUGGCUAAAGUGUUUUUUUUUUUGUUGUUUUUUUUUUAACUAGCACAACUACCAUAUAAGGGAAACACGGUCACGAUGGCAUCUUGUAGCUACACAAUAAAUAGAGCCUAGAUACUUCGAUUAAACUUACUAUGCUUUUUAUUUAUUUUAUUUUUUUUUCCUGAAUGGUUGCACCGCCAUAAACCUUAGCAUCACUCGAACAUCCUAGAAAUAAAUACAUACAUAAAUAAAUAAAUAAAUAAAUAAUA